GUUCAUAUGACGGAGAGGGGAACGGAUCUUCACCCUUUGAAGAUUCGUUACCAUGGCACAGUGGAUAUACCGUAUGACGAGAGGUACACGGAGUUCAUCCAGCCUACCGGUCUUAUGCCGUUCAUAUCCCUUGUAAGCCGUGGGGGGCCGAACAUGAACCCCUCUGCACUCACCGCCCUUGUCGACCGGUGGAGGCCGGAGACUCACACCUUCCACUUGAGGGCCGGCGAGAUGGCCCCUACUCUCCAGGAUGUUUCCAUGAUCCUUGGACUACCUAUUCAGGGCGACCCACUGUGUAUGAACAUAGCUUCUGAUGGGUGGCGCGGACAGAUGGAGGACCUUAUUGGCAGGGCUCCUCCGGCGCCAGCAAAUCCAAAGGAGAGAGUUCCCGCCGGCGCGUCUUUCUCUUGGAUCAGGACUAACUUUGCAGAAUGCCCGGAAGGGGCCAACGAGGACACUCGGAGGACGUACGCCCGCGUGUACUUAUGGUACAUGAUUUCGAGGACUCUCUUUCCUGACAGUGGGGGGAAGCUGGCCCAUUGGUGUUGGCUGAAGGCGCUUACUGUGUUGGACAGCCGGUGGAGUUGGGGAACAGCGGCACUUGCCUACCUCUACCGGCAGUUGGACGAAGCUUGUCGCAGGACUGGGAGCAGGACUGGGAGCGGCGGUAUUGGUGGAUGCUUGCUCCUACUUUCCGUAUGGAGCUGGGACCGCAUAUCAGUUGGGCGGCCUAGGGUACUCCAGGAGUCGCAUUGGCCUCAUUACCGGAACAACCCUGAUCUGGAGCCGACUUGGGCAUACCUUUGGGACAAUACGGAAUGGGAGCCAUAUGGUACCUACUACCGUAUUGGCGCGGGGAUGCCUGACCUCAACCAUAAGCGCACGGAGGAGGCGCGGUUCUGGCGGGAGCGUAGAGAGAAGGUUGCUGCUAAUGAUAAAGCAAAGAGAGAUACAAAAAAAAAUAGGGUAGAGCGAGCCCGAAACCGUGAGGUGAACCAAAAGAGUAUGGAGGAAGAGGAUGCACACAUGUAUGCGGAGGAAGAGGUGUGCGAGGAGACCCGUGAAGCGGAAAGGAAUAGAUUAAGAGAAAGGGCUGAUGCGGCGCAUGCAACAGAAGAACACGACGACAGGAUUGGAAAAUGGCCACGCUGGACGCAUGGCAAGUAG